AUGUUACAAACCAGUAAAUCAAUCAUAAGAUUAAAAUUUAUCAAUAACAAUAUAAAUUUUAUUAGAAAAUGUAGUUAUUCUACCACGGUGGCACCUACUACAUCUACAGCAACAACAGCAAAAUCUUCAGAGAAAUUAACUUCUUUCUCGAAAAAGUUGGCAGACGGUCCAUCUUUGGCGGAUUUUAUUAACGAUAAUACCGAAGAAAUGUCAUUGGAGGAAGCAUUGGAGAUUGCCGAACCUACUAUUCCACAUUCGACAACAACAACAACAAAGCAAAAGGGACGUUUGCCAGAAUGGCUUCGUAUGAAAAUACCAUCGGGUGAUAAUUUUAAGAAGAUCAAGGGUGACCUCAGAGAGUUGAAACUCAAUACCGUUUGUGAGGAAGCCAAGUGUCCAAAUAUCAGCGAUUGCUGGGGAGGCGGUGAACACCAAACUGCCACUGCCACUAUUAUGCUGAUGGGAGAUCAGUGCACCAGAGGCUGUCGUUUCUGCUCGGUCAAAACCAGCAGAAAGCCAAAGCCUCUCGAUCCAAAUGAACCAGAGAAUUCCGCAGAGGCAAUCUAUCGUUGGGGACUCGAUUAUGUCGUUAUUACAUCGGUGGACAGAGACGACCUGCCAGACAGUGGAGCGGAGCACUUUGCAGAUACAGUCCGCCGUCUCAAGGGCAAGAAUGGAAAGAUAUUGAUUGAGUGUCUAACCGGUGACUUUAAGGGUAAUCUCGAUAAUGUUGCAACGGUUGCACUCUCUGGUCUCGAUGUGUAUGCACACAAUAUCGAAACGGUCGAAGCACUCACCGACUAUGUGCGUGACCGUCGCGCCAAGUACAGACAAUCGCUGGCGGUGCUCGAGCAUGCCAAAAAAGUUAAGCCAACACUUCUCACGAAAUCAUCGAUCAUGCUGGGACUUGGAGAGACCGACGAAGAAGUUCUCCAAGCUCUCAAAGAUCUACGUGCGAUCGACGUCGAUGCUGUCACUCUCGGCCAAUACAUGAGACCGACCCGUAGACACAUGAAGGUUCACGAAUAUGUUCACCCAGAUAAAUUCAAGUACUGGGAAGAAGUUGGAAAUCAACUUGGAUUCAAAUAUGUUGCAAGUGGACCAUUAGUAAGAUCCUCCUACAAAGCAGGUGAAUUCUACCUUAGCAGUAUUUUAAAGAAAAGAAAGAACGAAGAAUCAACAAUCACAAACUAA